UUUUUUUUUUUUUUUUUAUUGGAAUUAAUAAAAAAUCCAUGAGACAUUUAUUCGAUUCUAGAAAAGAACAAAAAUCGUUAAAGCUUGUUAAAAGAUUACAAGAGGAAGCAGAAAAGGAAUGGGAAUUAGAAUGUCAGAGAAGAAGAGAACAAGAGCUUAAUGAUGAAGCUAUUGCCAAGGAACUGCAGGCACAAUUAGAAGAAGAAGAACGACAACAAUCUUCAUCUUUGUCAUCCCCUCCUCCAUUACCAGUAAAACCAAGCGCUUAUAAUAAUAAUAGUAAUAGCACCAGCUCAUUACCUGCAAAAAAACCGAGCAAUUCUACUAGCACUCCAUCACCACCAAUUACACCUCUCUAUGGUCUUUCUUCUGCUAAUACAACCCCUGUAUUACCAUCGAGACAAUCAAAUCAACAACAAAAUAAGAAACAAUCUUAUUUAACUUAUAAGCCUGAACUUCAAUUUAAUGUUGCUUCUCCUUCACCUGAGCCUAGUUCUAUAUUCUACCAACCAACGCCUAGAAUAUCACCUAUAUCACCUGCCUAUAAAGAUAAUCAACCUAUGACUAACUACGAGAAUACUGCUACUAGCCAGUCUUCAACUAUAACACACAUGGAAAUGCCUGUACCAACUGAUGUAAAUCCUAUUAUACAUAACUAUACAGCGCCAUCGCCUAUUAUUAGUGAUUUAAAUCGUCCUUCAAGAAUAUCUUCUUCUUCUUCUGUUCCAACUGAGCCUAUCUUAUUACCACUUGGUCAACAACGACCACAGCCUAUUCAUCAUCAAAGCGCACCAUCUGCAUUGGCACCUAUGAUUAUACCCAAAUACGAUUCACCAUCACCUUACUACUCCUCCCCCUCCUCUCAACAAGAAUUACCUAUCAAUAAUGCUACUUUUCAUUCUACUCCUACUCCUACUUCUUAUGCUAAUAUGCCUAUUCAUCAUGCUGCUACUACUAGCUUACCUCAGCAGAUCAAUAAAAAUAAUGUGAUUCAGCAUGCUUCAUAUCCUCAACAGCCCAUAUCUUUUGAACCACAAUCCAUCCCCCCCUCGGAGUUAUCUACUUUUUAUAACACUACCCUUUUAAAUCACAGUUCACCGAAAGCAUCAAAUUCGCAUGGGAACAAAUCUUUAUAUACAGAUUCUAUGUUAUCAUUAAAGCCUGAUGAAGAAAUAGAGACAUCAACUUCAAUUAAUAAUAAUAAUAAUAAUAGUAGCAGCCAAGACACAACAUCUAACAAAUCAAAAUAUAUUCCUCCUCGUCCUCCAACACCCAUUCCAUCCACAGUUAUUCAUGGUGAAGAAGAGCAAGAAGAGAAAGAGGAAGAUAAGCUGUACGAUAAACCAAAUAACAAAGACAGUGAAGCUCAACUGGAAACACAAGAAGAUAGCUCAGAUGAAUCGGAUUGGGAAGAUACAGCUGUUGACCCAUUUGCAGAUAAUUUUGCUGUUAUGCAAAUAUCAAAAGAAUCCACUGCUACUACAGCCACUAUUUUGAAGGAUAAUGAUCCUCCUAUAAAAAAGAAUAAGGAAAAGCCUGUAAAUAAUUCAGCCACUACUACCAUUGAAAUUUUAGAUCCAACUCUAUGUACAAAAAAGGACGAGAAAGUUCAAGAAGAAAACGAAGAACUAGAAAGACCACAUGCAUAUAUGGAAAAAGAAAGUGAAGAAAUUGAGAAUUAUAAUAGACCCCAUUAUUAUUAUACAACUACAUCGUCUCCAGCAGUGAUGACUCCAUUUUACACUAAUUCUUAUCUUGAUGUACAACAACAACAACAACAACAGCAGCAUCUAAGAGAAGGAGAAGAAUUACAACAACAAAAAGUAUAUCCGACUAAUAUGUUAAGAGCAGGUGCGCCACCUUUAAAUAAUUUUUCUGCCGUUGAUAAUUCAUAUUAUCAGAAGCAAAUUGCUGUACCUGCAACAGACUAUGGUUAUUUUAAAGAAGAGGAGCGACUUGUAAAUAAAAAUUUACCUAAAUUACCAAAGACAACUUCAGAAGAGGAUCGUCAUAUAACAGUAGCAAGUAUAAAUCCUGAACAACGAGUAUGGAUUCGUAUUCAUCCGACAGAUACUGGAAAAUUAUUAGCAGAGCGAAUUCAUAUUGUAGCAUCCUAUCAGACUAGACGUGUAACAAAAAUCACGACCAAGACGGGUCGUAACAUUCCUUUAGAUAAUACGCCUUUAUUUGACGAUUGGAAUGAAAUAUUAAAUUUUAAAGAUGGAGAACCUUGGACGGUUGAAUGGGUACCUAUUGAGCAUCCUUGUAUGGAUAUUAUAACAGAAGGCAAAGAGUUUAUGAGACAGUUAAAAGCAACUUUUAAGGGAUCUUCUUAACUGUAUAAAAUUGCUGUGUACAUUAUUUAUUUAUUUAUUUAUUUUUACAUACAUGCACUACUAUUUCCAGAAAAUAGUGCGACACACUCCAGAAUAAAAAAUAUAUAUAUAUAUAAAUAUAUAUAAAUAUGUAUAAG